AUGGAUGCCACAAAUAGUUCACUAUCUUCUGGAGAAACAUCUUAUGCAGACAUCAAGUCUUUCUUUGAUUCAGCCCCUCCUUUAAAGGAUUCCGCUGAAAUAAAAACAAAAUUGGAAGAAUUUAUGCAAAAGAAUCAUGCGCCAUUAAGUAAUGGAGAGGCUAAUCGAGUUGUGUGCGUGACAUCUGGCGGCACAACCGUUCCUUUGGAACAAAGAUGUGUUCGGUACAUUGACAACUUCAGCUCGGGUCAUAGAGGGGCUGCAUCCACAGAAUAUUUUUUGAAGGCUGGUUAUGCUGUAGUAUUUCUUCAUCGGAGAGGAACCUGCCAACCAUACUGCCGGUCUCUUCCUGACGAUCCAUUACUUGAAUGUUUUGAAGUUACUAAUGAAUCUAAUAUUACGGUGAAUCCAAUACAUGCGAAAACAGUCGAGGGUGCAAUCAGGGACAAUCAGGGGGCAGUCAUAAGAGGCACCUUGUUAAAACUUCCCUUCACAACAAUUUUUGAGUAUCUGCAGAUUUUGCAGUUGAUUGCACUAUCAAUGAGGAGCCUCGGGUCCCGUGCUUUAUUCUAUCUUGCUGCUGCCGUUUCUGAUUUUUAUGUCCCCUGGGAGAGCAUGGCAGUGCACAAGAUCCAAUCGAGCUCUGGUCCUCUAGACAUGAGACUUGCCCAGGUCCCAAAGAUGCUUUCAGUGCUUAGAAAAGAUUGGGCCCCUGCCGCUUUUUGCAUUUCUUUUAAGCUAGAAACUGAUAUAAAGAUUCUACUAGCGAAGGCUGGGAUGGCCCUUGAGAAAUACAACAUGCACAUGGUCGUGGCUAACGAGCUGUUGACACUUCAUUCUCGACCGAUUGACCCCAAGAUACAAGGCAUUUUCCUUUGA